CUAUAUAUUUGAUGAAGUCAUCUAUGUCAGCAUGCUGAAAUUGACUGCUACUGUGCUACUUAUUUUCAUCAGCAUGGCUGUUGGCCGCGUAGCCCCCCACUAUCGAUCAGAAAAAAAUCCUCCACCAGAUAGAAACUAUAUUUGGAGAUAUUGUUCGACGGAGGUCUGGUGUGAAACCAAUGAGGAUUGUAACGUGUAUGAUGAUUGUAUUAGAAAAUCAUUAGAUCAUGAUCCAGGUUAUGUUGGAUGUGGUGUUGACAUUUUCGAGUAUCAUACAUGCUGGACUUGGGCUAUAAUCUACACCAAGUUUUCAACCUACAUCCCCUAUACAAAGGACGUAUUAUUGGCUGAGGAACUCAUUGAAAUCGUUUAUACUAAAUUAUACACUAGUAGCACUACCUGUGCAGCCUGCAAAAACACAUCUCUAACAGGAUCACUAUUUAAUAGUCAAUGUUUUGCUAGAUGA